GCAUAACAGAUCGCUCGCCUGCCUGUUUAUUCAAAAUCUGUGACGAUGACGGAAGUACACACCUUCUUUAACCUUGGAUUGAAGUUUCCAGAGGCCUGGCCAAGUUUUAAAAAAGAAGAAAGCAGAAAGAUCUUAUUUGUGAAAGAUAGUGAAACAAUAUUGGUUUCCUGUGAAAAUCCACCAACGGACAAACACGAAGAUCAUUUGGUUUAAAAUGGAGGGCCAAACAGAACAAUCUCACGAAGCAACCACUUUGCUUUACUCAAAUGAAACUACACUUUCAAAAGCAGGUGAAAACUUAACAGUUUGCAACAGUUUGAAGUGCUACAUGGUCCUGACUGACCGGGAGAAGGAAGGUAUCGGUGUAAUCUGUUUCCUUGCUGGCCCUAUGACUUUCUUGGAGAAUGUUCUGGUCCUGGGGGUCAUAGCCAGUUCUGCAACUCUGCGAAGGCGUCCAACGUACCUGUUCAUCAGCAGCUUGGCACUGGCCGACACCUUUGCUAGCUGUUUCUUUACCAUCAGUUUUCUAGAUUUCCAUCUUUAUAAUCGUGAUGAUGGCCCUAAUAUGUUUCUGUUCAAGCUGGGAGGUGUUACAAUGGCAUUCACGGGCUCUGUGGGAAGCCUGUUGCUGACAGCAUUAGAUCGCUAUCUCUGCAUCUACCAGGCCUCCAAUUACAAAGUGCUACUCACACGCACAAGGGCCAUUCUGGCUAUUUUGUUUUUAUGGUGUUUGACAAUUCUCAUUUCCUUUCUGCCAUUGAUUGGUUGGAGGUGCCCAACCUUGUUGGACCCUCCUUGCUCUCGUAUUUUCCCUUAUGUUGAUCGCCACUACCUGGCCUGUUGGACGGGCCUGCAAUUCGCGGUGCUCUUUUUCAUCACGGUGGCUUAUGCCCUUAUUCUGUGGAAAGCAAAUCGGCAUGUUACAGCAAUGGGUGGAUCUCAGCUGGGGAGACAGAGUUUCAAAGGACAAGCUAAGAUACGCAUGGACAUACACCUUGCACGGACCUUUGGUAUAAUCUUCUUAAUACUCGCAGUGUGUUGGCUACCAGUCCUCUCCUUUAUGAUGGUAGACGUCUCGGUGACCCUUACAACUAAACAGCAGCGAAUGUUUGCUUUCUGUAGCACACUAUGUCUGGUGAACUCAUCUGUAAACCCACUCCUGUACGCCCUGCGAUGCCGAGACUUAAGGCGAGAACUAUUAGCAUUGCUGGGAUGUUGCAAGGCAUGGAGGGAACGUAUGUUGGAAAAUGACUUUGGGCUUUCCAGAAGGAACAAGGAUCAGACACCUGACCAAAGCAACCAAGAAACUGUUUCUGAGAGUGUAGACAGGCAGUUAUGAUUAUGAGUUAUGUGAUGAUUUGUGUUUAUUUGUUUAUAAUAUGUUAAAUAUGUUAACAUUGUAUUUAAUGUUGACCACAAUGUUUUUCUAUAGCAAUAAGGUAAGCAAUAUGUAACACAAUAAAGACUUCUGUCAUCUAUUAUAUUAUUUACAUCCUAAACCUAUAGGGGAGAGGUUGGUUUGUUUAUAAACUGAAGUAGAUGCCUUGAAAUUUUUAUUUUAUGUAUGUAUGUUUCGUAAUCGCUGCAUGUGUUUGGAUUCUGUCAUUAAUAAUAAAAAUGCUAGAUAUUUUGUUAAAAUAAACAUGUAAUACGUCUGUGCAUAUGUUGAGAUGAACUUAGAUGAACUGCGGGCUUAAAUGACCUAACAGACUCAAAACAGCUGAACUCAUCAGCUACCAUGUUGUGAAACAAGCGUAAAAACACCUUUGCCAAAAUGUAAGUAGUUUACAUUGUGAAACAAAAUACCUACAGCUUUAAUGAUGACCACUAACAAAAACUUAAAUUUCUUGAUAGAUUAUACUUUAAGUAUUGUGAUACUGCAAUCUUGUCAUCACUUUCUGGCUUCACUGUUCUUCUUUUAUUUUUUUACUAUUAGGAAGACAACAAUACAUUAUAAAAAUAGGCCUAUUAAACAUUGCAAGGAGUCAAGAGUUAAAGAAUGCAAAUUGUUUAGUAGUUGAUGUAAAACAGUUUUAACUAAAGAUAUUCUGCAUUAUUGUAUGUUUUGCUUUGAGCUCUAAAUAAAGCUAAGCAAUUGUUUGGUUUUCAACAAAUUCAAUGAAACAAUCAUUUAACCCUUGUGCAUUGUUUAAAUUCACUACCCUUUCGUGUAAAAUGUAUCAGAUGAAUAUUUUUUUCAAACUUUUUGCAUAAAUCUGUUAGUCGACCUCAGUACUGAUCAAAACUACCAAAUGUUUACAAAAAUUUCAUGAUUUUAACUCUUUAAUAGCCAAGUUUAUAAGUGAUGUCACUGAUUUGAGGGGGAAAAAACACAAAAUGACUGAUUUUCAAUAUAAAAAGUGAUUGUGGACUUUUUUCACCU